GGACGCCGGCGGGUGAGGUCAUCACUGGGCGCCGAGGAGGGGAGCGGGAAGAGCAGAGUCUUCGGGACCAUUAUGGCAGUCAAGUGGACUGGCGGACAUUCUUCUCCUGUCCUCUGCCUAAAUGCAAGUAAAGAAGGGCUGCUGGCUUCCGGAGCGGAGGGUGGAGAUCUCACGGCUUGGGGUGAAGAUGGAACUCCAUUAGGACACAUGCGGUUCCAAGGGGCUGAUGAUGUUACCAGUGUCUUAUUUUCUCCCUCCUGCCCCACCAAGCUCUAUGCCUCACAUGGAGAAACCAUUAGUGUACUGGAUGUCAGGUCCCUCAAAGAUUCCUUGGACCAUUUUCAUGUGAAUGAAGAAGAAAUCAAUUGUCUUUCAUUGAAUCAAACUGAAAACCUGCUGGCUUCUGCCGAUGACUCUGGGGCGAUCAAAAUCCUAGACGUGGAGAACAAGAAGGUCGUCAGAUCCUUGAAGAGACACUCCAACAUCUGCUCUUCAGUGGCUUUUCGACCUCAGAGGCCUCAGAGCCUGGUGUCAUGUGGACUGGAUAUGCAGGUGAUGCUGUGGAGUCUUCAAAAAGCCCGACCACUCUGGAUUACAAAUUUACAGGAGGAUGAAACAGAAGAAAUGGAAGGCCCACAGUCACCUGGUCAGCUCUUAAACCCUGCCCUAGCCCACUCUAUCUCUGUGGCUUCGUGUGGUAAUAUUUUUAGUUGUGGUGCAGAAGAUGGUAAGGUUCGAAUCUUUCGGGUGAUGGGAGUUAAGUGUGAACAGGAACUGGGAUUUAAGGGCCACACUUUAGGGGUAUCCCAGGUCUGCUUUCUCCCAGAAUCCUAUUUGCUGCUUACUGGAGGGAAUGAUGGGAAGAUCAUGUUGUGGGAUGCAAACAGUGAAGUUGAGAAGAAACAGAAGAGUCCUACAAAACGUACCCACAGGAAGAAACCUAAAAGAGGAACUUGCACCAAGCAGGGUGGAAAUACUGACGCUUCAGUAACGGAUGAGGAAGAACAUGGCAACAUUUUACCAAAGCUAAAUAUUGAACAUGGAGAAAAAGUGAAUUGGCUCUUGGGUACAAAAAUAAAGGGACACCAAAAUAUAUUAGUAGCUGAUCAAACUAGUUGUAUAUCUGUAUAUCCCUUAAAUGAAUUUUAAAUCCAAUAAAAACAUUUGAAGAAUUGUGGCAAAA